GGACUAGGUAGAGAGUUUGAGGCCGUUAUUAACUUUGGUAGAAUCGAUUAGGACUUGGUAAGAUCAGUUUUGAUUUUGCUCUUGGCCGUUGGAUUCGAAGGUUUGAAUUUUAGUUUAUUAGACCUUUUGAUUUAAUAUUAGUCUAAAUCAGAAUUUGAAAAGUAAAAUCUGGCCGUCUGAACAGAAGAAGAGGAGAAGAAUUUUGAAGAAUGAGGAAUGGGAGGAAGGCUUCUGCACGAGGGAUUUCCAAGUUAUCCACCCAUCCCCAAUUCAAGAAGCAGACAAUGGGAAGGCAAAUGCAUCAGCAGAUGAAUCAUCAGGAAAACAGAGCAGGGGAGGGUAUUUCAAGUGAUCCAGUGUUAGGGAAGUGGCUAAAUUCUACUGGCCUUCAGCAUGUGUCAGCUUCCACAAAUUUACAGGACUGCACAAACUACGGCGCUCAGAACAGGUCUAGGAUGUUUAAAACCAGCAGGAGCGUGAAUGGGACUAUGGAACUCUACUCUGAGCCUUCGACUCCUCCACUUUACUCAAGGUCUUCGAGUCAGAGGAACAUGGAAGGUGGACUGUCCCCGGGUGAAUUGAGUCCCGGGAUUUUUGAUCUCCACUCAGUCGAUACGGAGCUUCUGCCUGAGGACUCCAUAUCUGGUUUCAAUGACUCUAGCUCUCCUCUCUUUCCUGUAAUGGAAAGGGAUUUUGAAAAUGAUCCUGAUGUGUUUUCGUCAGCUAGCAAGAAAAAUUUUAACAGGUUGAGGUUUCCAUCAGAUAGCAGCCAACUUCAAGUUCAUGCCACUGACAAGGAUAAAGCUGGUGCAGGGGCUAAAAUAAAAGUUGUGGUCCGUAAAAGGCCUCUUAACAAGAAGGAAAUUUUGAAGAAAGAAGAUGAUAUUGUAACCAUUGAACCAGACUUUUCUGCUCUUACAGUUAAUGAGACCAAGCUUAAGGUGGACUUGACUGCAUAUGUUGAGAAGCAUGAUUUUGUUUUUGAUGCAGUCUUAGAUGAACAGGUUUCCAAUGACGAAGUGUACCGAGUAACUGUGGAGCCCAUUGUUCCAGCAAUCUUCAAUCGUACUAAAGCAACUUGCUUUGCAUAUGGACAAACAGGCAAUGGAAAGACUUAUACAAUGCAGCCCUUGCCACUCAAGGCUUCCGAAGACAUUUUGAGCUUGAUGCAUCAAGUUUAUGUAAACCAGGGAUUUCAAUUGUAUGUUAGCUUCUUCGAGAUUUAUGGUGGCAAGCUUUAUGAUCUACUGAGUGAAAGAAGGAAGCUUUGCAUUAGAGAGGAUGGAAAACAGCAAGUCUGUGUUGUUGGUCUGCAAGAAUUCAGAGUGGAUGAUGUAGACACUGUCAAGGAAUUCAUUGUUAAAGGCAAUGCUGCAAGGAGCACUGGCUCAACAGGAGCAAAUGAGGAAUCAUCACGUUCUCAUGCAAUCCUUCAACUUGUCAUCAAAAGAUCCGCUGAUGGCAGUGAAUCAAAGCCUGCUCGCUUAGUUGGCAAGCUUUCCUUCAUAGAUCUUGCUGGUAGUGAGCGUGGUGCUGAUACCACAGACAAUGACCGUCAAACUAGAAUGGAAGGAGCAGAGAUCAACAAGAGCUUGUUGGCAUUGAAAGAAUGCAUACGUGCUCUAGAUAAUGAUCAAGUUCACAUCCCUUUUAGAGGAAGCAAGCUAACAGAAGUCUUACGGGAUUCAUUUGUCGGUAACUCACGGACUGUCAUGAUAUCCUGCAUUUCUCCAAAUUCAGGCUCUUGUGAGCAUACACUGAACACCCUUAGAUAUGCUGAUAGGGUUAAGAGCCUUUCAAAAACCAGCAAUUCAAAAAAGGACAUGAUGUCAAUGAGAGAGUCAUCUACUGCCCCCUUUUCUCAUUCAUUGUCAAUGUCAAUGAGAGAUUCAUCUACUGUGCCUCUCUCACAAUCAUUACCAAUGUCAAUGAGAGAGUCAUCUACUGCUCCUCUAAUGUUAAUGAAAGAAUCAUCCACCGCUGCUCUCACUCAGCCAUCGUCAAUUUCAAUGAGAGAGUCAUCUACUGCACCUUUCAGUCAGUCAUUGUCAAUGUCAACGAGGCAGUCAUCUACUGUUCCUCUCACUCAUUCAUUGUCAAUGUCAAUGAGGCAGUCAUGUACUGCCCCUCUCACUCAGCCAUUCGCAAUGUCAAUGAGACACUCAUCUACUGCUCCUCUUACUCAGCCACCAUCAAUGUCAAUGAGACAGUCAUCCACUGCCCCUCUCCCUCUGCCACCAUCAUCAGUAUCACCAUUGCAUUCACAUAAAGCUCCUGAAAACAACAAUAGAUUGGACCUUCCAAGUGAUCGCAAUAAAUUUGGCUGGAACAAGCAGUCGGAUGGAGAGGGUAGUCAGCAUUUUGCAAUGGAUCAUGGUCCUCCAAUUGGAAGGGAUGAUGGUCAAAUGGCUUCUCUUUAUUCAGAUACUGGGAAGACCUAUAAUAAUGCUCAUUGUAAUGGUUUUGACUCUCGCACUGCACAGGAAUCACAAGAACAAGACAAAAAAAUUACUUUUCAAAGUAUUUUGAAAGGUAAACCUGAUAGGUAUCAGAAUCAAAAUUCUAGAGAUGAGACAAUAAAUAAAAAUCACAAUGUAACUGGUGAUAGAAGGCAAAUGGAAGCCUCUGGAGUAAGCCAUACAAGAUAUAAGUCAAAAGAUGCAAUGGACUCAGAUAUGGAUAUAUUGGAUCCUGAUGAGGAGUUCAAUGUCAUACUUAAGGAGGAGGAAGAUCUUAUGAUUGCCCACAGCAAACAAGUUGAAGACACCAUAAACAUUGUUAGGGAGGAGAUGAAUUUGCUAUCUGAAGCAGAUCAACCAGGAAACCAUAUAGGCAUAUACAUUUCCAAAUUGAAUGAUAUUUUGGCAAGGAAAAGUACUGGAAUUCUCAGGCUGCAAACUCGAUUGGCACAGUUUCAGAAGCGUCUUAAUGAUCAAAACAUUUUGACUUGUUCAUCUAGAGAGAAACUUGGAUGACAUUGUUUAGAAAAUUGUAAAAGCUACUUGCUUUCUGCUAUUCAUAUAAGCGCUGUAAAUGCUUAUACAGGAUAUGAACUCCAAAGGACAGCCGACUGACAAGUUAUAUUAUGAACCUGUUGACCACAAGUGAUUCUCUCAUCAUUGAUCGAGCAUGGGGCUUCUUGAUAGAAAGGAGUGGAUGUCACAACUACGUGUUAAUGGCACUAGAAAUAUAACAGUUUAUGAGAGUAGAGUGUGCUAAGGAAAGGAGUGGAUGUCACAACUACUAAUAUAUUGUUGAUUUCGAUAGAAAAUGUUAACUAUGUACAGGUUAGUGGAAAUGUUGAUUCCUCACAUUGAGGCAUUUUGACAGAUUGGGAAAUUGGGUUUUCUGCAAGAUGUGGAAUUCUGGUUUUGAAGAAGGAUUUUGAAAGCAGUCUGUUGUAGAUUUAAGUUAUAGGUGAUAAAAUUCAUUACAUGUUUAUAUGUUAUAUGGCUUGUCGAUUUGGAGGGGCUGGUUUGGAUGUCCGAGAUAUUUCUCACUAAAAAUGACACCAUCCCUCAAUCAAGGCCUAUCAGAAUAAUUAUUUUUGCUCCCUAUUCUAAAGCUUACAUUGGUAUUAUCCCUUGCUACACUAUUGGGUUGCUGUGUUUCUGCUUUAUAAUGCAAUAUAAGCAGCAGAUGUUUUUGGCAA